UAUGUUGUGUGUGCUGCUUUUCUCUCGCAUUGGCUAACGGUUAUCUGCUUUGAAUAUUUAAAUGCUGCUUAACUCUAUACGCAAUACAAAACAAACAACAAACAGCAAUCGAAAAAAAAUAACGCACAAGCGAACACAAUUUAAUUAGCAAGAAUUAUAUUCGCUGCUCUGCUUCGCUCUGAUCGCGAGUGCGUCGUCGUCUGUCUGUCGCCUAUCGUCUGUCGGUUGUUGCCAAAGAAAUAAAGAAACGCAAAUCGAUAGGCAAAUUUUGUGUUCUCAAUUGUUGUAAUUGUUGUUGUUGUGUCAUCGAAAUGAGUGCAAUACAAAAUUGAAUAAAAAAAAAGGAAAAAAAAAAAAUUAAUAACAAAUUAUUGUUGCUGUCUAAACAAACUUCAAGUGGCGGUGCAAAUAUUGAAUGAGCCGAAAAUAGCAAUAGAGCUGCUUCAAGAAAGGCUAAAACGCUAAACCUUUUUGCUGUCUGUGUGUGUUAAGAGCCACAAAGCAGGGCAGCCAACGAUUCAAAAAAUAAAAAAAUCUGUCUACAAAACCACAAAAUCGCUUAAAAGAUCGUCUGUGCGUGCGCGUAUCUGUGUGUGUGUAGUUGUAUCUGUAUGUGUGUGUAGUCGCAUCUGUGUUUCAGUUUGUGUGGGUCGCGCACUGAUCCGUCGUCGUUCGAUCUCUGUCGCCGUCGCCGUCAGCGUUGCGUCUUAUAAGCCGAACUAAAGCCAAGACGCGAUCCGUUGCCCGAUCCCAGUUCUGAGCGGUUUCCUUUCGUGUGCUUUGUUUCAGGCACGUACGUAAUCUCUCUCGUUUGCCGGCCAUAAUCAACCUGCCUGCUGAUCCAUCCACGCGAUAUAAACACAGAGGGUUACACAGAUACCACAACUACAAACAGAUACAUACACAAAACUGUUCCAGACUUUGUGCCAAGUGUGUGAAACAAGAAAGAGGGAGAGAGAGAGAGAGCGCGCGAGAGAGAGAGAGAGACAGAGGUGGAAUAUCAAAAAGCUGUCGGCAGCUCCUGCUUUCUGGGCUAUGUUCCCCGAUCAAGAUUGUGCGCCUAAUUUGAAGUUGUAAUUAAUUUGGAUACCCUAAUAAAAACCAGAAUAAAGACUCUUGAGCCGAAUACAUAACGCAAAAGGAAAGACACGAAACAAAAUAUACAAGCGGCUACCUCGUCUUACAUUUGAGGGGCGUUGCACGCGCCUCCAUUUUAUUGCCCCACCGAUGAGUGCACAAUAUGGAACUGGCGAUUUGUAAGACAGAUCUGUCUGCAACCAAAUUUAUGCUGCCUCCCGUGCUGCCAACCGCAGCGGCAAUUGCAACAACAACGGCAACGGCAACUGCAACACACUCCUUCCUUGAUAGGGCGGUGAAUAUCAACGAUCUCUUUGGCUUCAACGCGGGACAACAUUUAUUUAAGACCAACUACAAUUCCACCAACUCUAUAUUAAACAACAGCGGCAACAACAACACCACCAGCAACAUGCGGCUUAAAAAGAAUCGAAAAGUCACAUUUCUCUCCAGCCUGGUUGAGUCCACAACAAAAUAUAUUAAAGAGGAACCAGUUAGUGACUGCAAGGACUUGCCUGUGUGCAGAUUAUCGGAUAUUUCAGAUCAUGAGGCCUCACUGGAUGGGCCCACAACGAUGCCACCCCUCACACCUGGCACGAAUCGCAAGGUGAACGAGGUGCUGAAAGCCUCGUUUGCCUCCUGGGAAAAGGAGGUGCAGAACUUUAAUAUAACCAAAGAUCCCCGCGAUUGGACGGAGGAGCAUGUCAUCUAUUGGCUCAACUGGGCCAAAAAUGAGUUCUCCCUGCUCUCCAUGGUGCCAUUCUGCAAAAUGACCGGCCGGGAAAUGGUCGAGCUGGGCAAAGAGAAAUUCUUGGCCAUAACGCCGCCAUUCACAGGCGAUAUUCUCUGGGAACAUUUGGAUAUACUACAAAAAGAUUGUGAAAAGCCAAAUGAGGAUAUUGUGCAUGGCAAUUCCUAUGAAUCGACCACCACCGCCUCGGUCUGUGGAUCAGACCAUCAGGUAGCCAAUUACCCAGCAGCAACACCAGCCACGACGCCCGUGUCCAACAACAAUAGCAACAACAGCAUUGCUAGUCGCCUGUCCAUAGAAUAUGGGACAUCAACAGCGAGCAGUGAUAAGAGCAACAGCUACCACAACCCAACACCCGCCAUGCCACACAGCGGCUACAAUAACAACAGCAAUGCACAUGAUCGCACCAACAGCAGCCCGCCACCGCAGCAAUCGCAGCAACAGCAUGUGAAUGGCAACAGAAACAACACAAGCACCGGCAGCAGCAGCAACAACAGCAACAUGCUGCCGCCUGGCGUGCAGCAGCAACAGCAGCAAAAUGCUUCCGAUAACAACAAUAGCAGCAGCAGUGGCAACGCCAGCAACAAUAAUGCUAAUAACAAUGUCAAUGCGGGCAACAACAACAACAACAAUAAUAAUAAUAACAACAACAAUAACAACAACAGCAACAAUAAUAUGAACUACAUGGCAGCGCCUCUCUACCAACAUCAUCAGCUGAAAGAGGAGCCGGGCACACAGUCUGGAAACGGCAGCAGCUCCGCCUAUGCAUCGAAUGCUCAAAACGAUCCAACAGAUCUCAGCAGCUAUAAUCUGCCCGCACAUUUGACCGCAACAGCAGCCGCUGGACACUAUAGUGGUGGUGGAGGGGGCAACACGGCCAGUGGGGGCUCUGGUGCUGUAGCUGCUGGCAGUGCUGAUGAUAGCGACUAUCACAGCACACUUUCCGCGCAGGAGCAUCAAAACCAGGCCACCAAUGCAGGCAAUGGUAGCGGCAACGCCAACACCAAUGGCUAUAUGGAUGGCAGUCCUGAUUUUUAUCCUUCGUAUAAUCGGGCACGUUUCCACGAGGCUUUCCAGCCCGAGUUUACGCCAUACGAUGCACAGUUUCCAACGAUGGGCGCCCAGCCGAACAUGGAUCAGUGGAACGCGCACGCCCAUCAGCAUCCGGCAUAUAUGACCACAUUGGGUCUGGAUAAAACGCUGCUAGGCGGCUACACAACGCAGGGGGGCGUGCCCUGCUUUACGGGCUCUGGUCCCAUUCAGUUGUGGCAAUUCCUGCUGGAGCUGUUGCUGGACAAGACCUGUCAGAGUUUCAUCUCAUGGACGGGCGAUGGUUGGGAGUUUAAGCUAACCGAUCCCGAUGAGGUGGCGCGUCGCUGGGGUAUACGAAAAAACAAGCCCAAGAUGAACUACGAGAAACUGAGCCGCGGUCUGCGCUAUUACUACGACAAGAACAUCAUACAUAAGACGGCGGGAAAACGCUAUGUUUAUCGCUUUGUCUGCGAUCUGCAGAAUCUGGUGGGACACACGCCAGAGGAGCUAGUUGCCAAGUUCGAUCUGAAGAUCGAGAAGAAGGACAUCGACUAGCACUUGAGCGGAAUAGAGGCUGCUUGAUGUGCUGCAGCUGAAGGGCACUGAACUACAGUUCUAUAGAAAGGCCACAAAUUAUAGUACUCAACGGGAAAAAUAUACUUUUGAGAAUUAUUGUUUCCAAGCGUGAUGUUAAAUUUUAAGCAGCAGCAAUACCUGCGAUCUUGCUACGAGAUUAAUGUGUUUGUUAGGGCGUCGUAAUCACUUUGUAAUUAUUAUAUAAAGAUUAGACUUUUGAAUUAA